CCAGGAGCUUUCACCAGUUCACCAACUCCACGCAACUUCCACCAACAAGUUGCCCACCAUGCCACCACGGCUACACCGCCCCUCGCGAGCCGCCCUCACCUCCCUCCUCCGCACUCCCAACACCACCGCAACCACCACCCUCCUCCCACGCCAAUACGCCACCGCAACCAUAACCGCGAACACCUCCUCGCACCCCUCCCUUCCACCGCUAAAAUCCCGCCUCCCAACCACCCAACCCAUCUCCCUCAAGCCCGCCCAGUUCCGAAAAACCCAACUCCUGCGCCAAUACGCCUCGCUGCUCCGCUCGACACCCCUCCUCAUCCUCUUCCAGCACAACAACCUCAAUACCGCGGAAUGGACGUCGCUGCGUCGUGAGCUUGCUGCCGCGCUCGCGAAGGUGGAUGCUGGGCUUGCUUUGGCUGGGGAGCCGGUCCCGUCGGGGUCGGCUGUGAAGCUGCAGAUUGUGCAGACGGGGAUUUUUGCUGCGGCGCUACGCGUGGUGGAGUACUUUGAUCCGUCUGCUGUGGGAUCGGGGGAGGCGAGCCACACGCUCAGUAAAGCUGCGCACGAGGCUGUCGUGGGAAAGAGGACUUCGCACGGAUUCGCGCCGUUGCUCGCUGGCCCUGUCGCGGUGCUGAGUUUCCCAACUGUGAGCCCAGCGCACCUGAAGGCGGCGCUGACGGUGUUGGCGCCGUUGGCACCAGAGUACCCUGCGCCGACGCGGAAGGCGCACCCGGGGUGGCAUGAUAAUGCGGUGCAGACGGGUCUGCAGAAGCUGCAGCUGCUAGGCGCGAGGGUGGAGGGGAAGGUGUUCGAUAUGGAGGGCGCGAGGUGGGUGGGUAUGAUUCCGGGUGGAUUGGAUGGGUUGAGGGCGCAGGUUGUGCAUUUGUUGCAGAGUGCUGGGGCUGGGGUUACGAAUGCGUUGGAGAGCGCGGGGAAGAGCUUGUUUUUUACGGUAGAGGGGAGGAGGAUGAUGUUGGAGGAUGAGGCGAAGGGGCCGGAGGUGAAGGAUGAGGUGAAGGCGGAGUAGAUGGGUAUGAUAGUGAGGACUGUAUUAUAUUGUUUUCAUAGUGUUGGUUUGGCAUAGAAUGUAAGAAGACACUUGGCAACG